AUGUCCCUGUCCCCUGUGUCUCCGGUGAGGACAGGCCUGCCCAGAGAAGUGCUCCAGUGGAUCCUGAACCUCCAGCUGUCAGUCUGCCCCAAGAAUGUGCGCAGAGAUUCCUCCAAUGGUUACUUAGUUGCAGACAUCUUCUCCCAGUAUUACCCCAAAGUUUUCUUGCUGUAUUCUUAUAAGAACGGAGCAGCGCUGUCUAUCAAACAGGACAACUGGAGACGCAUACAAAAGUUUUUACGGAAACUCAACAUAAACUUGUCCCAGGACUUGAUAAAUGGCACAAUGCACUUUGAAAUGGGAGCAGCUGAGAAGCUGUUGACAGAAAUAUACAGCAUUUUGACUAAACAAAGGUAA